CCCAUCACCCCCUAUCUGCAUCAGCUUCCCGCAACUCAGCCGGAGAGGCAUCGAUUGGAAUGGCGCUCGCAAGGGUUUCAUCUUCUUCCCGCCUCCUCCUACUCCCCUCCACCACCACCACCUCCUCCUUGCUCCAUUCCGUACCGCGCCCCUUCUCUACCUCCUCCGUCUCGGCUCGUCGCCUCUCUCACCCAAGAAGCCUCCCCAUCGAUGCCAGUCUCUCCCAAGCUUCUCCCCUCCUUCCUACUGCGAGGGAGGAGGGGGAGGUGGCGGGAACCCCGAGGUCCACCUCCAGGCGGCCGUGGAAGCCUACGUGCUUGUACUACACCCAGGGAAGAUGCACCAUGAUGGAUGAUGCUUUGCAUCUUGAGAAGUUCAAUCAUAAUUUGUCGGUGGACCUACCAGUGAAUGCUUCAGCUGCAGAUAAAGUGAAGCCUCAGAAACUGGAUUAUUUUUUAGUUCUUGAUUUGGAGGGAAAGGUUGAAAUUCUUGAAUUCCCAGUUGUAAUGAUUGACGCCCACAGCAUGGAGUUCAUCGAUUCAUUUCAGAGAUUUGUACGCCCAACUGCAAUGAGUGAGCAACGAAUAGAAGAAUAUAUAGAAGGGAAAUAUGGAAAGUUUGGAGUUGACCGUGUAUGGCAUGACACUGCUGUCCCUUUCGGGGAAGUUCUUCGAGAGUUUGAAGACUGGAUUGGAGGUCACAAAUUGUGGAAACAGAAACAAGGAGAAUCCCUCAACAGUGCUGCAUUCGUUACUUGUGGUAAUUGGGAUUUGAAGACGAAGGUCCCUGAGCAGUGCAAGGUUUCAAAAAUAAAAUUGCCAUCUUACUUUAUGGAGUGGAUCAAUUUGAAGGAUAUCUACCUCAACUUCUACAAUAGAAGAGCAACUGGAAUGAUGACAAUGAUGAGGGAGCUUCAAAUCCCAAUUGUUGGAAGCCACCAUCUCGGCAUCGAUGACGCGAAAAACAUUACAAGAGUUGUUCAGCGCAUGCUUGCUGAUGGUGCUGUGAUGCAAAUCACCGCAAGGAGGCAACCGGAUACAAGCGAUGUGAAAUUCCUUUUCAAGAACAGAAUCAGGUGAUGGGAUAUUGUUACGAGCGGAUUUUACUCUGUGCGGCUAGAAGAUGAGAAGAUGCACUCCAGUGAAAAAGCAUGGGAGUUACUGGGUCCAAUCUACCUUUUGAAAAAUCUGGCGUUGACAUACUUGCGUGUUACAUGCGUACUGUAACACACCUAGUUGACAUCGGCGUAAGCAUCUGAUUUUUAGACUAAAAAAGCAACGGCUUGCGGUGCACGGAGCUAGGUAGUGGCCUGUUAAGAGAGGGACCGAAGGACUGAUAUUUGGCACAUGUGUGGCAGAUAGCAAAACUACCACACCUCGUUUCUUCUAUAUAAUUACAUGCAUGCAUGUAUUAGAGUGACUUAAUCUUCA